AUGAGGAUUGAUAUGGGUAUCCGCGAGCCGAUGAACGCAUACUACUCCGGAGUCGACCUGAUCGACGCACUGUUGGAUCUAAAUCUCCCAGAAAAUUCAGGAGCUGAGUGGGAGAACGGCCCCAGGUGGCAGAAUCCUGACUACACUUUUGAUAUGCCCGAGCCUCUCAUGGAAGAAGAAGAUGCUGCAGCAAACGGGGCCGGACAAGGCAAUGCUAACGGUGGGCAAGACGAGACGGGGGCUAAGGGGGAGGAUGAUGACUUCAAGCCCUUUCCCCUGCGAGUGACGCUUGUGCCUAACUUCAUUCCAUCGACUCCUGGGUCUGGCGUGCAAGUUCAAACUACGUUGGAUACCAACUCCAGGACUGCAUCCAGGACAUCUCGUGAGACCACCGCGGUAGCAUCAUCAAGUGACAAUCCUACUCCAGAGAACAGAAGAAUAACAUGGCGCACAUUCCACACACUGCGUACUUUGGUGGGAGUGGAGGGGCACAAUGGCGAUGGUGAUGGGGAAGCAAACUUAGGUCUAUUUGAGGCAGCACUUCCGAACGGUGGCGGGUGCGAAUGGAAGACGGGUGUCACGACAUGUCAAUUCGUUCUGGAAGCUGAACAGAUGAUAACGGAGAGUGGGGAGACCUCCAUGCUGAAAAGACUGACCACCGUCCUCGGCGAUAGGACCUGGCGAAAGUCCAAAGAAGAGCACACCCCUUACUUCUUGAACCUUUGGACAAGCAGCAGACGAAACUUAUAUAACGUGGCUAGACAGGUCAUCGACCUGUCAGUCAAGGGCAAGCCGGGAACACCAUUAUCCAGCUUACUCCGCGACGACUGGCCACAUCCGAAUCCGAGAGGGCUGAGACGUGAUCAAUACGCCGACAUAUUUAAGACGCACCUAUGGGACGGACCUCGAAUGCCUGAUGGACCUUGGGGUCUCGCUCUUCCGGUGGAAUCGUAUUGUCACGCGAAGAGGUUCCGUGUUCACAGCCAAAGAGGUGUCCCUUCGGAACAUGUUGCCUACCAGUUCUUUGUCAGGGCCCCCGUCAAAAAGAUCUUCAGGACCCCUGUGUAUCUUCCUCCAACCCCCUUUGAUAUUUUCUGUGUAGGCGAAAUGCCCGAGACUUGGAACAGCUGGACGUUUGUUCCGGACCCCCAUCGACCGCGCGAUGGUAUGCUGAUUCCCUCUCACAAUUUGCCGAAAGAAAAGCACCUUGCCAGUCCUGAGAACCAUCAGAUGGGGGAGAUGACACCAGGCCGAUAUUUCCUCUACCGUGGUAACAGACUGCAUGUCCCGCAUUGGAACCGACCUUACAGGUACCGCAUGGGUGAUCAUCUGCGGUACUUGGUCAACGACCGGAGGAAAAAGCUGCCUUACCCACCAUGCGGCUUCUUCUUUGUGGAUGAUACCCUUACUCCUCCUGUUUCUGAAGAUGAGUGGUUUAGACCCAUCAUCCCGGCCGGCCUCGGCAUUCCACGCACAGAUACGGUCUAUUUCUAUCAUGCGAACGACCGCAGUCGGCCACACAUGGGUUAUUUUGUCCCUUCUGAUCACUACGAGUUGUUGCAAAAGCCUGCCAGUAUAAGGUUCUAUUACCCAACUAGUUACAAAAAAUUGGUUGAGGUAUACACCGACCAUCAAGGCUCGACUGGUCAGGACAGUAAUGCCUUGACACGCGCAGGCCCUACUCCCCGUGGCGGUAACGAAUCGGCCGAUCCAAGUCCGCGACUGGGCUCUGGGAAGGAUGCCAAAGGGAAAGGAAUUAUCGAUCCGGAACAGGAGCAGGACCCCAAACAUGGGUGGGUUACUACGGAGGAAACACUAGGCCAAGAGACGGAUGAGAUGGGCGAGACGGACGAGACAAGCAAGACGGACAAGCCAGACGAGACGAGGGAGUGA